UAAUGAAGCUAGUGGUGUCUGCAAUGAUGAAAAUAGUUGUAUGAAUGAGAGGCAGGUUGAAACAUUAUUAGGAGCUCCUGCCAGAACAGAUGUCAGUAAGAAAGAGAGAUUAGAUAUUGAAGAGAAAGACACCAAUCUUCUGUCAGAGAGUUUCCUGAGGGAUGAGAGUGUUGUGGAAUUUACUUACAAUAAAGAUGAGGAUGAGUCCACAGAUGGGGAGGAACAAGUUGAUGUGUUACAGUGUACCAGUGACAAUAUCAAAGAUGUCAGCAGUGAAGCAGAAACUACGGAAGAAAAUAAAUCAUUAGAGUCAUUAAACAGUGAUGAAAAGUUGCCUCCAUUACACUUGCUACCUCAAGAGAUAAAGAAUUCCAGCCUUUUAACAGAAAUUGAGGACCUCUUGACUACGACUGCCUGCAGUCCUGACUCGGGCUUUGAGGUCAGCAAAAUUGAUGUCUCUUCAACAUCCAAAGAGAACCUGAUGAAAAUGAUCUCGAGUCUCCUAGAUGAGUGUGACACCUUAAAGAAGGAGAAGACGAGAUUAGAAGGGGAAGUUGACAGGCUGGAAGCUGAUCAGUCGGCAGUUGUAUACACUAAGCAGAUUGAAACUCUGGAGAAGACACUUGCACAGGCUCAGGCAGAUGCAUGCAGCUGGCAGCAGCGACUGAAGGAAGCUGAGGAGAACUACCUUGCAGAAAACAUCAAGGUCCGCACAGAUCUCACUGCCCGGUUAGAGCGAAUGACUAAGCAGUAUGAGGCUGCCAACAAGGACAAGGAGUCUAUGGUCAUUAAAUAUGCCACUUCAGAGAGAGAGGUUAUUGUUGCCAGACAGCAGAAGGAGGCAGUGGAAAAGAAAAUGAAGGAGAUGGAAAAGGAAAGAGAACAGCUACUGAGUAAGAACAAAAUGCUGAUUGGCGAAAGAGCACGGAUCUGCCAGACGCUCGAUACAAAGGUCCAGAAGAUCAACUCCUUUCAGCGUGAAGUUGAUAGGCUGAAAGAAGAAGUCAGUAGUCGGGAAGUGAAGAUUAAGUGGGCCCAGACCAAACUAAAAUCGGAAAUGGAUGCCCAUAAGGAAACACAAGCCAAGUUGGACCGAGCUCUUACUAAAAUUACAAAACACGAGGAAGAGCUCAAGUCAAUUAAGGAGGAGGCAGAAAAGGUUGUUCGCAGCACCAGAGAUGAUGAAAACUCCAGAGCAAAUGUCCUAGACAAGCAAUUAAAGGAAGAGAAAGCACGACUCAUCAUGGAACGACAGGUCUUUGAGGACAGAGGGUCAGCCUUCAACAAGGUUUCAGCGGAAUUAGAAUCACUGAAAACAAAACAUUCAGCACUAGUUGAGGAAGCAACUUCCUUAAGAUCAAAGGUAACGACAUAUGAGUCAGAAAGAGAAGAGAGCGAGAAGUUAUUCACAAGCCUUAGGCAAGAAGUGAAAAACGCACGUCAGGAGGCAGGAGACCUCAACCUCCAGCUCUCUAACUCAGCGCAUCUUCAGCAGCAGCUACAAAGAGAACGAGAGCAGUUAGCCUCAGCAACACAAGAGAAUGAAAGACUCCAAACAACCAACAACGAGCUAGAGAGCGACCUACUCACCUGUCGCCAGAAGGAGGCUGAACUAUUAGCCUUCACUCAGAAACUCACUGACAAGAAUGUACAAAUCCAGAGUCAGCUCUCUGCCCUACAAUCUAAGACUCAGCUUUUGGAGCUUGAACAUGGGGAGUUGAAGUCAGAAUUGGAGAAUAUCAAGGCCCAGAGGAACAAGAUCAAGGCCGAUCUCACCAAAGAAAAUGAAAUGCAGAAUGCUCAAAUAGAAGAAUUAACGCGGCAGCUUGCAGAGAAGAUAGAGGAGAUGAAGCAGCUAACGACCAAGGCAUCAGACUUGGAGAAUGAAAUUCAGGUCUUGAAGAAAAAGCACAAUAAUUCCCUGAAAGACAUCUCUCGAGAGAUGCAGAAAACUACGCAAACGUCUGGAACUCCAUGAGAGCGGAAAUGGGAGUGGAAAUGGAAAUGGAGGGGGUGGCAAUGGUGGGGUAGCAAGUGGGAGGUCUUCGCAGUCUGUGACACCACACGAUACCCUGUCCCAGGGGUCACGAGCCUCCUCCAAUGCCUCCUUGAAUAACA